AUGGGGAACGGCAAGAACAGCGCCUUCUCCAAAGAGAUCCUGGAAGACCUGAAGCUCAGCACCAAGUUCACAGAGACGGAGAUCACCCAUUGGUAAAACAACUUCCAGAAGUUGUGUCCCACAGGAUGUAUCACGCCCAAGGAGUUCGAGGUCACCUACAGCUUCUUCUUCCUCCCCGAGAGCAAUGCCCAUAUGUACGCGCAGCAUGUCUUCUGCUCUUUCGACACCAACGAUGACGGCACUCUGGACUUCAAGAAGUACAUCAUCGCACUGCACCUGACGUCCACGGGCAAGACAACCAGGAAGCUGGAGUGGACCUUCUCGCUGUUCGACGUGGACAAGACGGAUACAUCACCAAGUCGGAAGUGA